AAAAUCGGAACGCCCCAGCUCGCAUCCACAAAGGAUCUAGAAAGGAUCUGCGCAAAGCACAAGCGACGCAUCCAACAGCUUCCUCUUCAUUGGGUGAUGGCCGAAGAAACUACCAAUGGAUAGGAGCUCAUUAGAAAAGCAACUACACGGAGUGCCAACAGAUGAGAAGUGCAAUCUUUGCCAUGGGAAUCGUCGAAGAGAACCCAAAGCUUCCACAGAACCGAUGCAACCCAUAGCUCAUUGAUUUUCAAUUGCAUUCCGAAGAAAAACAGUUCUCUCAAUUCCUCUCUUUGAUUUUUAAUAUCUGAUCCAUCAACAUGAGAGUUUUCCUAUCAUUCGUGCUGUUUGUAGCUUCCUCCGUGUCGGCCUUUGUUCGUCCAGGCCCUUUGGGAUCCGUCUCCAAAACAAAGUUGAAUUUGGCACAGGACCCAAAGGUCGUUCUCAUUACGGGAUCGUCACAAGGCUUGGGCAAGGCCAUGGCGUUGGACAUUGCCAAACACGGCCACAAAAUUGUCGUCAACUUUUAUCCCGGAUGUGAUGAGGCUGCCCAGGAAACCGUCGAGGAAAUUGUUGCCGUCGGAGGUGAUGGGAUUGCCAUUGCCGCUGAUUGUACCAACUUUGAACAGGUCGAAAAAAUGUUUGAUCAAGCCUUUGAUCACUAUGGUACAGUAGAUGUUGUCGUCAACAAUGCAGGUAUCACCAAGGAUAAUCUUGUGCCUCGUAUGAAACCAAAAGACUUUGCGGCCGUAAUCAAUGUCAAUCUCAGUGGAGACUUUUACGUUUGCAAGGCAUUCCUGAAUGCCGCCGCAAAGACAGACUACAAGGGAGGUCGCAUCAUCAACAUUGCCAGUGUCGUGGGGCAGAUUGGAAACCCCGGUCAAGCCAACUAUGCGGCCAGUAAGGGUGGAGUCAUUGGGUUCACCAAGGCAUUGGCUAAGGAGGUUGCUGCAGACAAUAUCAAGGUCAAUGCCAUUUGCCCUGGGUUCAUUGAGACGCCCAUGACAGCCAAACUCACCGACGAACAGCUUCAGAAAUCGGUUGAUGCGAUUCCUCUUCAUCGCCUUGGACAACCAGAAGAAGUGGCUGCCAUGGUAAGGUUCUUGGCCAUUGAUGAAGGAGCAGACUACAUUACUGGACACUGUUUUGAUGUGGAUGGAGGUGUUGGCAUUGCUGCUUCGUAAAGCCUUCAUGGAGACAAAACAGACAGGUGAUAUAGACAGCAGAAAAGAACCCUCGGCCAACUUUUACUUAGACACUCCACAUUGCACUCCCGAAAAUGGAAUUGAAUUCAUCCCACCACCACCACCCGCCAACCAAAGCAUCCGUACACCAGCAUGAAGCAGGAUCACAAUUGCUGUUGCCAUCUCAUAGCACUGGUUAUCACAAGAAGCAUUCGACUCUCUCGUCGUCGAAGAUGGCUGCAAGCGAGAACACAAUACUGGAAAUGCUCUUUAAACUAGAAGCUCUCAUCUAUGCU